AUGGAAAAAGAAAAACCUACUGGAUCUAAAUUGAUAUUGUCGUCCGUUCUAGAGCCAAAGGAUGAGCUUGAAGAGAAAUGUGAACGGUUCCAUGGCAUUUUAAUCAACAUUACAGCUAACCUCAGUGAAAGGGAAUGCAAUGAUGUGCUCAAUGCUCAUGUGGGUAAAGGACCAAAUUAUCAUGAAGAAAUUCAGCUGGGGCAGCUUUAUUCAAUACUUACAGAUCCUAAAACAGCCAGUAAGAUGUACCGUGAUAUGACAUUGGUCAGUCGAGAUGGUAUGGCAUUGGUACAGAAUUUUCUGGCUAAGAUUAUUCAUGAUAAAUGGCUUAAAAUCAUAGAAACUGCCAGAAUUCAGAUUUUAUGGUUAAUGAAAGAAUUUGUCAAAAAUAACGUUGCUGGUACAGAUGGCACAUGUUUUGCAUUAAUUCGACAAAUUGCUGGUGGAGAUAUUAAUCCUAAGAAUGUGUGGCUUGCAGAACAAAUGCUGGAUUUGUUCUCAGAAAAUAGGAUUUGGUUGGAAAGAUUCCCAACAUUGAUGGCAGCUGGAGUGUACACUUAUUUACGAAUCAUCAUUGAUCAUGGUAGUCCUGCCUUUACUAACCUCAGGAAUCGUGAGGUGGAAUUCUGUGUCAGUCUCCUCCGUGAUAAGUUUUUAGACUGUGUUAAUAUAAUUGGCCGUGAUUUAGCAAGGGUAUUGCAGAAUGUGGCUCGAAUACCAGAUUUUGAGAAAUUGUGGCGAGACAUCAUAUAUAAUCCAAUAUCAUUAAAUCCAAAUUUUACAGGUAUUGUUCAGCUUUUACAAGCAAGAUCCUCAAGGCGACUGUUAAUGAGUCGUCUUACACCUGACAUGGAGAAUAAACUCAUGUUCUUAACUACUAAAGUGAAGUUUGGAACUCAAAAACGAUAUCAAGAUUGGUUCCAAAGGCAGUAUCUCUCAACUCCUGAAAGCCAGUCUCUGCGUUGUGAUCUUAUUCGCUACAUUUGUGCAGUUUUUCAUCCAACCAAUGAACUACUCUGUUCUGAAAUCAUUCCAAGGUGGGCUGUAAUUGGUUGGUUGCUGACUACAUGCACUUCCAAUGUAGCAGCUUCAAAUGCAAAACUGAGUUUAUUUUACGAUUGGUUAUUAUUUGAUCCAGAAAAAGACAGCAUCAUGAAUAUUGAGCCUGCUAUCUUAGUAAUGUACCAUUCCAUGCGGCCACAUCCAGCCAUCACUGCUACACUCUUAGAUUUCAUGUGCAGGAUUAUGCCAAAUUUUUGUCCAUUCCUGUCAACCCAGGUACGGCAGGGAAUAUACACAUCCCUUCGAUGCAUACUUGAGAAACGAGUACUUCAGUCCUUGUCUCCUGUCUUUGAUAAUCCCAAAUUAGAUAAAGAAUUACGGGCUUUGAUCAGGGAAAGUUUCACUGAAUUUUGUUCACCUGAUAUUGUCAAAGAGGAAGUUUCUGUUAAUAAAGACCUUCCAGCAGAUGUGGGUGAAGCUGGUAAUCAUGUUGGGGAGAGCAGCAGUUUGUCUGAUGGCGUCUUCAGUGAUGAAGAAGAUGACAUCCCAUUAGGAAAAUUAGUUGGUGAACCCAAGGUAAAGCGAUUGAAAAAUAAUUCUCGAUUACAGCAAAUUGACAUCACUGAGCACAUACAACAGCUCCCUAAAGAGCUUCGGGAUUUAACACUUGAUUUACAAAAUGAAAGUGACCAAGAAGUACAAUGUGAACUUAUGGAUAAAAUUGUUCAGUACAUUCUCAGAGAUGAGGAUUUCGAUCAAGACAUGGCUGCAACAUUAGCCACAUGCUUAUGUCAGAUCCUGAGUAAUUUGUGCAUAAACAAUUUAUUCCCUCAAGAAGUUGAUGAAGAGGACUGUUGCAAAUCAAGAGAUCCUGGAAAUUUUUCACUACUUCACAUGGAAAGGAAGGAUAUGGUAGGAUUGGUGAGGUCAGAAGGAAGAACAAUUGAAGAUUCUAUAGGGACACCUCUUUUUGUGAUAUUUAGAAACUUCUGCUCAACUGCUGAAGAAGAUCCUAUUAGGCAACCAUUAUUAUUCUUAAUGGAUGAGAUGUACCAAAAACAGCCACAUAUUGGCUACCAUAUGCUGUACUUUCUUAAAGUCAGCAAGGUGAACGAUGACAAGAUGUCCAGUUACAGAGAUUUUUGCAAAAGUUUGGAUGGUAAAGAUUUGGAAACUUGUCUGAUGAAUGAUCUGAGAUUAUGUCAAGAAGAUGAUGUCCGACUCUUUACAUAUUUGUUACCGGAUGUUUACACACAUUUUCCAAACAUAGCAGUUGGAAAUAUAGAACUACUACAUUUGAUUGUAUCUUCAAUUGAUGGUACACAAUUGCAGGAUCUAAUAUGUCAGAUUCUUCAGGGACAUUUAGUCAUGUUCCGAAAAGAUUCUUUCCUUUCAGUCCUCAAUGCCAGUUUAGAAUGGGAAACAUUAGAACAGUAUUUUCUAUGGCAGCUGAUCACCUCUCACAGCAUUCCUGUUGAUUACAUUAUGCCAAUUCUGCCCAAAUUAGAGUUUUCUACCCAUUCUGAAGCAAUGACAUCUGUCAUGGUACUGCUGAAACAAGAAUGUCCAACUGCAGAUUUGUUACGGCCUCUUAUGUGUCGGGAGUACAAAAAACAAGAUAUGUUUACAGUAUCUGUUUUGAAAUUUUGGGCACAAGAGUACGAGGACCGUUUAGCAGAACUUAUUUACAACCAACUUGCAAAAGCCAAUAAUACGCCCAAGAAACGACAAAGAAAUAAUUCUGCUAAACGUGACAAUAGUCCCACACCUGACCAGGUGCUGUCUCAUCUGGAUCAUAUGAGAAUGGUUUGCCGAAAUGUAUCUUUUUUGAACCAUGAAAGUAUACAACAUGCAUUACAGCAGGUGCAGAUGUCUGCCUCUGAAGUGCAGAAAACAAAAUACAGUGAUCUCUUGGCUCUGGCUGAAGAUUUUGAUGACAUGAAGAACACAAGAGUUCUUCGGGGUCGAAGAACACGUGACACAUCGUCAUCAGUGAAAGCAAGUAAACCUAAGAAAGAAGAGACAGAAAGUGAUGCUAGCAGCAGUGAGGAGGAAGAUAUCAAGCCGAAGCCAAAGAAGAGGAAAAAAGGUGUCAUUGCUGUGGAAGAUGAUAAAAUACUGUUUCACUUUGUGUUUUUUAUCUCUCUCACAUUUUUCUCUCUCUCUCUCACAUUUUUUCUCUCUCUCUCUCUCACAUUUUUUCUCUCUCUCUCUCACAUUUUUUCUCUCUCUCUCUCACAUUUUUUCUCUCUCUCUCUCUUUUUUUUUCUCUCUCUCUCUCUCACAUUUUUUCUCUCUCUCUCUCACAUUUUUUCUCUCUCUCUCAUUUUUUCUCUCUCUCACAUUUUUUCUCUCUCUCUCACAUUUUUUCUCUCUCUCUCACAUUUUUUUCUCUCUCUCUCACAUUUUUUCUCUCUCUCUCACAUUUCUUUCUCUCUCUCUCACAUUUUUCUCUCUCUCUCUCACAUUUUUUUCUCUCUCUCUCACAUUUUUUUCUCUCUCUCUCACUUUUUCUCUCUCUCUCACAUUUUUUUCUCUCUCUCUCACAUUUUUUUUCUCUCUCUCUCAUUUUUUCUCUCUCUCCACAUUUUCUCUCUCUCUCAUUUUUCUCUCUCUCUCACAUUUUUUUCUCUCUCUCUCGCACAUUUCUCUCUCUCUCGCACAUUUCUCUCUCUCUCUCUCACAUUUCUCUCUCUCUCUCUCACAUUUUUUUCUCUCUCUCACAUUUUUUUUUCUCUCUCUCUUUUUUUCUCUCUCUCAUUUUUUUUUCUCUCUCUCACAUUUUUUUUUCUCUCUCUCAUUUUUUUUUCUCUCUCUCUCACAUUUUUUUUCUCUCUCUCUCUCACAUUUUUUUUUCUCUCUCUCUCACAUUUUUUUUCUCUCUCUCUCUCACAUUUUUUUUCUCUCUCUCUCUCUCAUUUUUUUCUCUCUCUCUCUCUCACAUUUUUUUCUCUCUCACAUUUUUUUCUCUCUCACAUUUUUUUUCUCUCUCACAUUUUUUUCUCUCUCUCACAUUUUUUUCUCUCUCUCACAUUUUUUUCUCUCUCACAUUUUUUUCUCUCACACAUUUUUUCUCUCUCACACAUUUUUUCUCUCUCACACAUUUUUUCUCUCAUUUCUCUCUCUCUCACAUUUUUCUCUCAUUUCUCUCUCUCUCACAUUUUUCUCUCAUUUCUCUCUCUCUCACAUUUUUCUCUCAUUUCUCUCUCUCUCACAUUUUUCUCUCAUUUCUCUCUCUCUCACAUUUUUCUCUCAUUUCUCUCUCUCUCACAUUUUUCUCUCAUUUCUCUCUCUCUCAUUUCUCUUUUUUUUCAUACUGAUAUCAUACACUCAUCGAGACAGAACACUUCUUUUUUUAUUAUUUGCAUAAGGAUAAAAGCGAAACAACUUGAAGAAAAGAAUAUUAAAGAAUAUCUCAUUGAAAAAACAAACAAACAGAAUGAAUAA